AUGGCACUUCAAAAGUGCUCUGACGAGUUGGUGGAGAAGAGCGAGGCAGCAUCGAAAAGAUUGGGGUUUCUACUCGUCUUCAAGACGGACGAAGAGUAUUAUCGUGGUAUCGCCAAUGGUGCGACGCCUUCCAACAUCGAGGGAUGGGCGACAAUGACCCCAGAGUAUGCGCGAGCACUAGCCAAAAUCUGGGACAAGGGGUCAGAGCCGACGCAAGCAGAAGUCGACGCGGACCCGAAGGAAUGGAAAAAGCUACUUGAGAGUGACUUCGUGCUAGAGGAAUAA